AAAACCCCCCAUUCUUUUGCUCCAUACUCGACCCGAGCUCAUUGGAAUCAAGUGCCAUUGGUGUCUAUUGUAUUGCUCCAUCGCCGGCAGAGUGAAUGGUGUGUAGGCAAGAAUGCAAGAAGAGUAAGUCAAAAGAGUGUAAGUCAGACAGCGCCUGUUGGCAGCUAGCCGCGAUCAACCAUAGGGGACCGACCAGGUACGUAUCGCCGUACCCAGCACGCCUAAAAUUCGGAGGUGGGGACAUGGGUAUGUGCUCCCGCACCUCUGACGCGCCGCCGAAAAGCAAUCGAAUCGAAUCCCACCAUCGUCGCCGACCCAAGUCAAGCAUCCACAUGCACCUCUUUGCGCCUCUGUACCUUUGACUUUUUGCGCUCCUCCAUCUGGCCCAAGAAACCCGCCACAACCCACCAAUGCUGCUCAAUCGGUGACCUCUGGCCCCCCUCCGUCUACAUUCGCAGAUGUAGACAACAUUGAAGCACCAAGUUUGACUCCCAUCGCCGACGGCGCAUAACGAGAUACGAGAUACCCCCCCCUAGUCGAGGACGAGAGAGAGAAAAAAAAAUCCCCAAAGAGCCACCCCCACCAUAGAGCCGAGCCGAUCUCUCUCAACGAACGAGCCGCGCCACGCACGACGACCUCCGUCUUCCUACGGACCCGAUACCUAUUUCCUAGAUACCCAGCCAGUUAGACGACGGGAGUCCAUUCCCCAGGUCGACAGCCAGCCGCCGCCGCCAUGGCUCCAACACCCCCCGCGGCCUCGCCCUCGGCGGCCACGACCUCGAGCACCGACUCCAAGAUGGAGGUGUGGAAGGAGACGCUGUACGACCACUUCCAAAAGGCCGGCGACGAGGACCAGCUCUUCACCCAGUACGACAUCCUCGAUUUCGACGUCAUCCCGAACCGCGACACCGUCACCCUCCUCAAGGUCCUCCAAAGCCUCACCAAUGACCGCCUCCUCAUCGCCGUCUCCUCCCAGACCGGCCUCGCCUGGCGAUGGCGUUCCGUCGAAGAUGCCGAAAAAUACAAGCUCUGCUCAACCGACGAACAGCGCAUGGUCUACGGCGCAAUCGACGAGGCCGGCGGCGACGGCAUCUGGUCCAAAUCCAUCCAGAACCGCCUCAACAUGCACGACUCGGUCCUCAAGACGGCCCUCAAGCAGCUCCAGGGCAAGGGCCUCAUCGCCCCCUUCAAGAACGUCGAGCACCCCAACAAGCGCAUGUUCAUCAAGGCCUCCAUGCGGCCUUCGGAGCGCGCCACCGGCGGGCCCUGGUUCACCGACUCGGCACUCGACGAGGCCUUUAUCGAGGAGCUGCAGCGCGUCAUCUUCGACUACAUCAAGAAGAAGAGCACGUACCUGAGCACCGGCUCCUCCGGGACCCGCACAGCCGUGCCCAAGAAGGGCGUCCUGAAGGGCGGCCUGGACGCAAAGGGCAAGAAGCGCGGGGCCUCCGAGAUGUCGGGCGUCGACGACGAGGCCGGUACAAAGAGCGCCGUUCUCGCCGUUCAGCCUCCUAAAAAGGUGCCCGUAAACCUGCCCCUGCCCGCCGGCUUCAAGGAGUACCCGACCGUGCGCGAGAUCGCCCGCUUCAUCUCCCAGUCCGGCAUCACUUCGGACACCAUCCUCGGCGAGGAAGACAUGCAGAAGCUCAUCGACGUGCUCGUCUUUGACGGCCUCAUCGAGCCCAUCCGCAUCUCGGGUCACCUGGGCUACAGGGUCACCCGCGCGCCCCGGCAGAGCACAACCAACUGGGCUGCGAGACAGGGCGGCGGGCCCGACGAGGGCGGGCCGGAGCCCUUCGUCAAUGGCUACACCGAGGCUCCCUGCGGUCGGUGCCCCGUCUUCGACCUCUGCGAGGAGGGCGGCCCGGUGAGCGCGAGCAACUGCGUCUAUUUCAACCGGUGGCUGGGUCUAGAAUGACACGCGGCACGAGGCUCGGACGAUGCAGAGGGAGAGGAAGUGGGAGAGAAGAAGGGAGGGAGUAUCAAAAAGCGGGGGCGGUUGGCUUGACUCGAUUCACAUGGGAAAGCAUUGCAUUGGCGUUGGCACGAUUAUACAAAAAAGGAGGACACGGCCGGGAAUGGUUUGCCGGGGUACAUGUUUCAUCCUCCCAAGCGGACUUAGUUUCAAUAGCAGCCGGGGAGGGUACCGGUUGUGCAAGUAUACCAAACAUAUAUUUGAC